AUGCCACUCCACCACCUAAUGAUUGGGACAUGGACCCCGCCAGGAGCCAUCUACACGGUCCAGUUCGACGACGAGAAGUUGACGCUAAGUCUGGUCAAGACAACCAAGAUCCCCCAGGACGAGCCGAUAUCAUGGAUGACCUUCGAUCACUCGAAGAAGAAUCUCUAUGGCGCGGCCAUGAAGAAAUGGUCCAGUUUCGCCGUCAAGAGCCCUAUCGAGAUCGUCCAUGAAGCGUCGCAUCCCAUAGGCGGGGACCCCCUAGCAAACAGCUCUGAGACAAACACGCGCGCCAUCUUCCUUCUAGCGGCGAAGAAGGUCCCGUACGGCGUUUACGCCAACCCAUUCUACAAGCAUGCCGGCUUCGGCAACGUUUUCUCGGUGACGGGCUCCGGGGCGCUCGACAGGAACGUGCAAAACUACCUGUACCAGCCCAACACGGGCAUCCACGGCAUGGUGUUCGACCCGAACGAGACGUACCUCUACUCAGCGGACCUAACGGCCAACAAGCUGUGGGUGCACCGCAAGAUAUCGGCCCCGGCUGCGGGCGAGGAGCCGGAGGCGGUGGAGCUGGUGGGCAGCGUCGACGCGCCCGACGCGGGCGACCACCCGCGGUGGGUAGCCAUGCACCCGACGGGAAACUACCUGUACGCACUGAUGGAGGCGGGCAACCGCAUCUGCGAGUACGUCAUCGACCCGGCGACGCACAUGCCCGUGUACACGCACCACAGCUUCCCGCUAAUCCCGCCAGGCAUCCCCGACCGCGACCCGGCGACGGGCAAGGGCCUGUACCGGGCCGACGUGUGCGCGCUGACCAUGUCGGGCGGCCACCUCUUCGCCUCAUCGCGCGCCAACCGCUUCGACCUGACGGGCUACGUCGCCGCCUUCCGCCUGCGCUCCUGCGGCAGCAUCGAGACGCAGCUGUGCCUGAAUCCCACCCCCACCAGCGGCGGCCACAGCAACGCCGUCUCCCCCUGCGACUGGAGCGACGAGUGGGUCGCCAUCACCGACGACCAGGAGGGCUGGGUCGAGAUGUACCGCUGGAAGGACGAGUUCUUGCACCGUGUCGCUCGCCUCCGCAUCCCCGACCAUCCCGGCUUCGGCAUGAAUGCCAUUUGGUACGACUGA